UUUUCCUUUUUGCAUGCUUUCCCUCCAAUCUCUGCUAUCAGUUUUGGUAAAACUUGAUCUGCUCACGAUCGCCUCCAAUCUCUUCUCCAUUUAAAGGACGGACAGCAUCCAUCGGAAUCCCAACGCCAACACCAACGCGAAGGCCGUUUCCAUGGCCCCAAGUCCCAGCCGUUCCGCCUCCUCCGAGUAUGACACCACUUCCGGCAGCUCCGACCACAGCGAGGUUGAGCAGCAGCCUCAGCACCUCCCGGAGCAACAGAACUCUGGCUCCGACCAAGACGGCCGCGACAGCUACGAAGAAGAAUCUGACGAGGAGAUCGGGGGUAAUGGGGCGGCGCCAAAGCCACCACCGUCAGCCUCCAACGAUGUGCUCACGGAUUCAGAGUCCGAGGACGACGAGGUGCUUUCCAAGAAGGCUCCCAGCCCUUCCGCCCUUCAGUCUUCAUCUGAGGAAGACACAUCUUCCGGCAGCUCCAACCAUGAUGAGGUGAAGCAGCAGCCUUCACCGCUUGCUGCGAAACAGAACGUCGGCUCCUAUGAUGAUGGCGGCGACAGCGACGAAGAAGAAUCUGACGAGGAUAAUGUGGUGGCGCAAAAGCCAUCACUGUCAGACUCCAACGACAUGGUCCCAGAUUCACAGUGCGAGGAUGGCGUGGUGCCUCCCAAGACCUACAGGAAGGCCACCAGCCCCUCCGCCCCUCAGUCCUCAUCUGAGGAAGGCGAUGAUUCCACCGGCUCCGGGGACAAGGAAGAAGAAUCAGACGAGAAGGAUCAAGUCCCAGAUACUGAAUCCAACCCCAACGAGGCGCUGCCGCCCAAGCCAACGCCCCUUUCAGAGGAGAGUCUGCCCAUAGCCACUGAUCCCACCGAGAAGCCCGAGCCCAAGAGGAAGCUCUCGCCGACGGUCCCGUUGCCUCAGCUGAAGAGGAUCCGGCCGGCUGAGGUUACCCAAGAUGAUAUGGCUAGGAGGGAUUUGGAAAAGCUUUUUAAGGAAAAGUGUAGUUCUUACAAGCACCUCGGCCCCAGGAUGCUGGCGCUGGAGAAGGAGUAUACGGGCAUCGAGGUUCCAUUCUUGAUGAUGGAUGACAGCAAGGCUCGAGAACUCGACGGUAAUCUACACAAGCUGGAGAACUUUGUGACCAAUGCAUUAAUCAAGUCGCUUAAGAGCCCUGGAGUGUGAAGCAACUGUGGGCUCUAUGGACCAACAUGACGAAUAAACUCGAAGUGGGUCAACAUUAGACCAUGUCGGAAUUUUGUUAUUCAGUUUUUAUGCUGCUCAGUAUCUAUAAAUUCUCUAUGGAGGUAUUAGCGUUACCAAGGUUUUGUCUAGGGCGGACAUGUCUGAACUACAGAUUUAAAGCUCUAAGGAUUUGGAUCUCAGAACUGGGUCAUAUUUUGCCGAAAUUAUAUA